CGGACUGUGACGAUGGCGAUGCGAGGCCGAGGACACAGACGCUUCGGAAAAAAAAAAAACUUGUAAACAAGUCUGACGCCUACUGCUAAUACUUUCUAACAUCUGCUUCGUAGUGGUGUUGUAUUUAAAUACCAACAAAUAUCGAAUUGAACCGGUGUAUUCUUUGUGCGAAGUGAAAGUUGUUUUGUACUGCCGUACUUUACUGAGGUGAGUAGCAGAUCAGUUUUUAGCUGUGAUUAUUUCAGCAAGAAUUAAUGUGGAAGUUUAAACAAACAAAAUGUAAACCAGCGACGCAUUUUGUUAGUUUACAAUAGUUGACAGGGUAGACCUGCUUGUGGACCUGCCCAAGGUUGGAUUGUAAUGGAUAAAAUGACUGAAACACGCGAUGCUUUAAAAAAAAAAUUAAAACAUUAAAAAGAAAUAAAAAUAUUAUAUUUUAUUACAUUGAAACUGUAAGCACAUGUGUUUGAACUUACUUACACACGGUUGUGGAGUUAAACUUUUAAUUCAUUAAAUCCGUGCAAGCUGAUGGCCGCCAGUUGAUGUAUUAUGUAAGGGAAGGGGUGGUCAUUUAUCUAUUUGCCUGGUUCUAAAAUUGUGAUCCCGAGGAAGUCCAGUAUUUUCCAGCUGAACUGAGUAGUCUCGUUGCCACGUAAAGUGGCUGACCAUCGCUUCCACAUUCAAAUUGCCAUCAUAGGUAAAGGUUUUACAUUUCCAGCUUUAUUUAUAAACACGGAACUCGAAUUUAUACCGUUAAAUCCUUUCAACCCCUCCCCUCCCACGUAAACACCUUUUGGCUUCAUUCCACCCACUUUUAAAAGAAAAAAACCCAACAUUUUCAAGCUUAAAACGGUGCUUAAAACUAAUCAGAAGUAACCAACGUUUUAUAUUGACUUUAAAAAUCUUUCUGUAAAACCCACACAGUUGUCACAGUAUGUCUCCAUGAAACAGAGGGGGGGGGGGAAGGUGGUGGGGUGGUGAGGUGUAUGACUUCUCCACUCCUGUUAUAUGUAAAUUUCACGUCUUUAUUCGUCAUGGUUUCGUAGAGCAUUUCACCUGACAACGACGUGGAUGCUCUUGUCUCAAUGGAGCAGUGGGUUAGCUGCGCCAUUUAGCCGGAGGCCCAGAGAUAUGUGCGGAGGCCCAGAGAUAUGUGCGCCAUAUUUGUCUUGUUUACCUGCACCCCUUCUUAUUUAACUCAUCUCACCUAGCCCCUGAAAUGUAUUAUAACUCAUAUUAGGGAAAUGUGAGGAAAAAUCACGCUUGUAUCAUCUGGAUUCGUUUCUGUUAACGUGCUACGUCAGAGUUUCGAGUCCCGUGUGAGGGAAUGUACUAGUGGGUGUAACCACAGACGUGUGUCAUGGGGAAUGGUAUUUAUCUUCGCGCUGUGGCCCCGUUAAUUAGUAGGAGUACAUCGCCGGCUAAGGGCGGGGGGGGGGGGGGGGGGGGGGCUGAAAUGGCCCGGCACAAUUCAUGGCUAACACGGUGAGGUGCUCUGAAGCUUGGCUUGCAUGAUCAGCAGUAGUAUGGUCAUGGUUGCGGGAAGUCGGGGAAACUAUACUCCCAAUUUAAGCACAUUCCGGCCAAUCCCGCCGGCCAGUGAUGACUUUUCAUUGACGUUAACCACAUGACACGGUGACAUAACAUUAUGUUGAUUGUUAUAAUUAAAAAGUAGUCCUUGAGUUGGUGUGUCUCUGGAGUGUCUGAAAAGUCUAAUACUUCACAACCCAACAUACACACACUAUGGCAAGUUCUAAACCUGAAAUACAUUUAAAUAUGUUAUUGUCACUGACCCAUUUAAAUGGUGUUAGAAAAGGGAAAAAAGAGUAAUUAAAUCGUAAUUUUAUUUUUCUUUCUUCGUAGAAAUCUCUCCUCCCCCCCCCCCCCCCCCCUGGGGGGGGGGGGGGGGGGGGAGGGGGGGGGGGGCGACGGCAAUUUAUUUGGGACGGCACAUUCCAACAGAAUGUAACAUAAGCAGUGUUGAUGUGUGAUUAAAAUAGACUGUCCCUGACCCUGUGUUGAAUCUGUUUUCCUCCAAUAAUCACUGCCCACUGUUAAUAAGAUGAGAAACUCUAUGCUUUGUGAUCACAUUUCUUAAGCGAUCCCUUUCUUAAGAAGUUUUCCUGUCAUUCAAGCGUCACUGUUGUUGCUUUGAGAGCGCUGGAGUCGGCGACUAGUGGGGCAUUUAAUUUUCCAAACUUCCGAUGAAUAAGUUAAGCUGGAGUCGUCACAAAAUCUAUUCUUUUAAAAAAAAAAAAAAUUUUUUUUCAGUUUGAGAUUUUCCCAGAGCCACUCACUACUAAAUUUUCUUUUCAAUAAGUCAUUGAGUAAAUUAUCCAAAUGAAAUUAUUUAUAUUGGAAUAUGUUAAAACCGGUACUGAGUUGUUUUUUAUUAAUAAUUUUGCAAGCGUUGCAUUAAAUAAAAAUUUAAAAAAAAUAAAAAAUUCGCGCUUCGAAGUCCACAGACAUUAAAAGCUGUCCUGUGGCCGUCACUAGGAUUCAUCAGAUCUAAAUGUCAUACAAGCAAAACCCGGGAAGAUUACAUACAUUUAUCGCUUCCAGACAUAUCUAUAACGAUGGUAUUUACUGAAUUAUCUAUUUUAAUCCACGAGAGACAACCAGCAACUUCCAACACAAUUGUCAAUAGUUGGUGUCAAUGUCCUCAUGCCGUCACGAGAAGUGAGCAAUUGAGCAUGCGUAAACAAGGUGUCUAUCUAUGUGGCGAUAAGCCGAGAUAUUUUGGUUGAGGCGAACAAGCGGGCAUUUGUUGACUGGUGAGAGGGGGAUUGCCUUGGAACUGACAUAAACAAACACGUAUGUGAUCCUGUUUACACUGUGAUCCUGUUUACACGAGUAUUUUUACAUCAGUUGGCUCCAGCCCCAACUACGCUGUUCAAACGGGAAACAUGUUGCUUGCUGGGAGUUGCAGCAAAUAGUGAAUAGAUGCAUUGAUGGAGUUGUGGGCAUUCGAUGUGCGAAACCACAGUCUAGAGCAGUGAACAAGUAGCGGUAGUGGAAUGGUGUUCAGAAAAAACAAGUAUCCCGGGUGACAUUCUGGCAUCAAACCUGCUACCCUUAACAACUGUAUGGACGCCACUUUCUAUCUCCGUGGAGCAGACCUACAGACGUUCAUACAAACCAUGAUGCAUGCAGCUGGGUCAACUCAGGGGAUAUUUUGACGAUCACCAGACAUUGUGUUCAUUUUUUCACAUGUUGAGUAGGCCUAUAUGAAAUGUAGGAUGUGAUCGGCCAUCAGUGCCAUAAUUUCGGCCAUCAGUGCCAGUAUUUUGGCCAUCAGUGCCAGUAUUUUGACCAUCCAUGCCAGUAUUUUGACCAUCCAUGCCAGUAUUUUGACCAUCCAUGCCAGUAUUUUGACCAUCCAUGCCAGUAUUUUGACCAUCCAUGCCAGUAUUUUGACCAUCCAUGCCAGUAUUUUGACCAUCCAUGCCAGUAUUUUGACCAUCCAUGCCAGUAUUUUGACCAUCCAUGCCAGUAUUUUGACCAUCGAUGCCAGUAUUUUGACCAUCCAUGCCAGUAUUUUGACCAUCCAUGCCAGUAUUUUGACCAUCCAUGCCAGUAUUUUGACCAUCCAUGCCAGUAUUUUGACCAUCCAUGCCAGUAUUUUGGCCAUCCAUGCCAGUAUUUUGACCAUCCAUGCCAGUAUUUUGACCAUCCAUGCCAGUAUUUUGGCCAUCAGUGCCAGUAUUUUGACCAUCCAUGCCAGUAUUUUGGCCAUCAGUGCCAGUAUUUUGACCAUCCAUGCCAGUAUUUUGACCAUCCAUGCCAGUAUUUUGACCAUCCAUGCCAGUAUUUUGACCAUCCAUGCCAGUAUUUUGACCAUCCAUGCCAGUAUUUUGACCAUCCAUGCCAGUAUUUUGACCAUCCAUGCCAGUAUUUUGACCAUCCAUGCCAGUAUUUUGACCAUCCAUGCCAGUAUUUUGACCAUCCAUGCCAGUAUUUAAGCCAUCAGUGCAGCAUGUUGUGUGUGACACGCACAGAUGAAUGCACAAACAACUGAAGGCUGGCAACAUUUGGUCAGUGAUGCUCUAUGUACUUUUGGUGAAUCAAUUGAAUCCCCAUUUCUUUCUUUCAGCAAAUGUUAUCAAAUCAGGUCAUGGCAAAGAACACCUCUAUCCACUUGUGUGUACGGUGUUUCAAUUGUGUUCAGCAGCCAAUUCGUGUCCGAUUCAGAGCACCCACCUUGUACAUGUACAGUGUUUCAAUUGUGUGUUCAGCAUCCAAUUCAUGUCCCGGGUUAAAGCACCCACCUUGUACAUGUUUGGUGUUUCAUUCGUGUGUUCAGCAAGUAAUUCAUGCCCCUGUUGUUUUAAAGCGCCCACUUUGUACCAAUUUUAAUCUUUGCUAAUUAAAAAUAAUAUUUUGUGAUACUAAUCUUUGCUUAUUUAACAGAUUAUCUCUCUAUCUUGCAGAUUUUUGUCAUGUUCUUUCAUAAUCUGAUACACAUUUGGGUUAACUUAUUUUACACAUCUUACAUCCAGGGGCUCUUAAGAAAAAUGUUGAACUAAAUUUCAAUGUAAGCAAGAUUAAAUAAGCUACACUCUAGGCCUGAAAGAAGUUAGUUUUGUGUGGACAAGAUGGUGCUUGUGUAAAGUGUGUGUAUGUGGUGAGGGGCUGUUAGAGAGUGUACUGUAUGGGUCCCAUUGAAACCACUCAACUAGGCCUACUUCAAGUUUUCGUAAUUGCUGUUUAAAACAGUGUAAAUUAUAUAGUCUAAGUCUAUGAAAUUAUGUUGUGCUAUCCACUCAAACAUCUCAUUUCUUCUUACUCUGGUGAAAACCAAAUGUAUUGUGACCUAUGUGAGGGAGUAGUGUUGGUACUAUACUGGUUAAGAAACCAUUGAACCUAACCUUGUUCUCUCCUCCCCCAAAAACCUUUUCUUGUUUGAGCCUUUUCCCACCACAUAUGAUUAUGUCUUAUUGCAAAUAAAAGAAGUAGUUCUUUUUUAAAUAUUGAAUGUCUUUGUCAAGACCUAUUAACUUUUGCUCUCUCGCAUUCCCGGGCGUUCCCGGGAAUCCAUGUUGGUUGUGAACAGAGGUUAAACAAGGUUGCUCUCAGUGACAGCCCUUUAGCGCGAAGAUGCUCAGCCAAGGUUAAAGUCGGGAGGGGGGUGUCUUUUGCUCAAACUUGGCCUGUGUUAUCUUUGACUACAAAUGGGCCAACCCUGGUAUGUGUGGGUGAGGGGUUAUGUGCAAAGAUAGGACAAGAAAGGGGGUAAGGCUCAUUGUAGAGUGUUUGCUAAACUUUCCUUGCAGUGUGGGGAAAUAGAUUAUGUUCAAAGAAAGUUUGAAUGAUACUUGGCUAAACUUAAAAUAGAAAACACUAAAGACAGAAUAUUACCACCCACACUAAUGCAAUGUUCUUGUUGCUGAUACAAUGUUCUUGUUGCUGAUAACGUAUUGGAUGCUCAUACCAUGUUGUUGGAUGCUCAUGCCAUGUUUUUGGAUGUGCAUGCCUUGUUUUUGGAUGGUCAUACCAUGUUGUUUCGAAGUGUCACUUCUGCAAGAUGCAAAUGCAUUUGAACGAGUUUUUUAAAUUUAUUUGAAAGGAAAGCUAAAGUGGGUGUGAAACUGAUAAAAGGAAAGUAAAUUCUUCAUAUUUGAAUUUUGAAAAAAUCUUAGUUCCAACCACUAGCUCAUCACAAAUUACAUUUUAAGAUGUCUUGUAAAUUUAUGACAAUAUGAUUAUUAACUUCCCCUUACAACAAGGACUUUAUUCAUCCUUGAGAUUCAGCUUUAGUUCUUGACCAGACAAACCAGAAUUGGUCAGAUAUUUCAUUGCAGUCUGUAGCAUAUAGUCUAUUCUAGUCUAGCUACAAACAUUCACCUUGUCACUCCAUUCUCUGUAGUGUAUUCUGUACACCACUGUCAGUGGCAGGAUAGAGGGGCAAAGGAAAAUGUGGAGCAAGAGGACUCAAUCAAAAGACAGUUUUAAGGUUGGGUCACCAUGAUUUCUCUAAUCAAAUAUCUUUGCGAAAUUGAAACUGCUUUCAUGUGCACACACAGAUAAAUGGCUCUCCACCAUUUAAUAUUCUGACAUUAUUUUUAAAAAAUUGGCCUAGAUUACACUGCUCCAUUGGUCUCCAUGACAGCAGUUGUGUCAAUCACUCAAUGUCCACAAAACUAAGCCAGGCUGUGGGGAUAGUUUUGGCAUGGUGUAACCAAGGUGAGGCUCUGAUGAGGUUAUUUGACAAAGCAGAUAGAAAUUUGGACUUUAAAAUUUUAGGGAUACUUACUUGUAUAAACUCUAGACAUCUGCAACUAUUUUAUUUAUGGUUGGAACUUUUUUGACAGAACUUUAAGAAGUGUAUAAUGAAAGCAAUUAUUAUCAUACACAAAGUUAAAGCUUUUCAACAACUCCAAAAGGAAAAGUCUCUCCUGCCAAGUGAUUAUUUUUGGGGAAGAAAGAGUUGGAUAAAAGAAAGAAGAAUAAGAAAAAAGGGGGUGGGGGGGGGGGGAAUGUACUCCUCUCUCAUUACUUCAGAGCUUCAAUACAGAUAGAGAAAUUAAAGUUGUUUAAAGUAAUUUUUUGUGUUUUAAGAAUUACUCAACUGGUUUACUUAUAAACAAUAUUAUUAAGCUUGUUGGGACAUUUAUAUUAUUAUUAUUAUUAUUUUAAAUUAGUCCAACAGUUUUAAAACUAAGACAAACUUACAGACACUGGAGUACAUUACAUAUUGGUGACCUUUAUCCAAACUGCCCUUGACCUACUUUGACACAAAUCUUAAUUGCUCUUAUCUGACUACUGUGUGCAUAUACCAACUUUCUAUUAACUUCAUGUUGAUGAUGUUGAUAUAUAUUGAUCUCUUCCAUGUAUAGCUUUUGUUUGGUUUGGUAAUCACAUUCACAUGUUUAUACCACUGGUUCGUGGAACACUACAGAUCUAAACUUUGGUACAUAGCUCAGUCCAUCAAAAUGAGCUGGAUUAUUAGGUUACCAAUUGUGUCAUUAUUAGUCAUUAUGUCAAAAUUCAAAUAAAAAGAUGGAGGAGCAAUCUGUGUUUAAAUAGAGGAUUCUAACAAUAGUACAUCCAAGUGUUAAAAAAACAAACCUCUCUUAUCUUACUUCAAACACAAAAUUGGCACUUAUCUUGUGUUGAAAGAAGAUGGAAAGCAGUCAAUCAUGAUAAGUUUUCCCAUUAUACUUCCUCGUUAUUAAAAAUUCUUAGUAUAAUGGAAUAAUAAGAAAAUAAAAGAAAGGGACUUUUUUCUUGUUAAAAUGCUUGUAUGCACCUGUCAUUUAAAUCUUAACAUUUUGAUUAUGAUGGAUAACAUUUAUAAAAGUUUGAUGUACAUCAUUUUCAUUAAAUUUCUCAUGUAAAGGCUUAAAGUAGUGGUGAUGUAAUGUGCAACUGGCCCCCACUUUAAUCCAAUUUAAGCUCACUGUCGAAUAUAGCCUUGAUCAUCUUAGAUUGCCAAGGACAAUUAACAACACUCUGUAUAUUGAAUAAAGUGUUUAGCACCUUAAGGUUAUUUAUUAGAUGGGAUAAAAGUUAAUAAAAAUGUUCUGUUAAAUAGAUUUUUGUUAUAAAUGACCGUAGUGGUGUUUGCAGUUCUCUCCCCCUUCCCCAUUUUUUUUAAUCAUAUAAGAACCGAAGCUGAAAAUUUUUAGAUCCUCUUAAUUAAAAUAAAAAUUAUUCAAGACUUUCACUUAGUUUAUUUCCAUAGGAAAUUAGAUUUUGAGUUUCUUUUUUUUUUCAAUGUAACUUUAUUACCAGUAUUGAAACAUUAAAUAACUUUUUUUUAAAAUUAGUUUUAAAAGGGAAGUUUUUCAUUCCCAAGUAUGAAUGUGUAAAUAAACAUUUACCAGGUUUGGCUAAGCUUGACUCUUACUUAAAAUAUUAAACUGAUUGCCUUAAACAACAAGCUCGUUCAGGGGUGGCCAACCCAAAAUGCUUCAAAUGCCACUUGAAUACCAAGUAAAACUUUUGCAGGCCACAAGUCAUUAAACCUGAUAUUAAAAAAAACACCCACAAAAUGCUGAAUAGAAUAAUUUAUCUAUUUUUAAUGCACAUAAUGAAAUGCAAAAUAACAAAUAAAACUAAACUAAUGUGAUAGUUGUUAAUCUUGAGUCUCGAUUAACUUUUUAAAGUCAAUUUCUUUUUAAAUGGAAUGAAAAAAGAAAUUUUAUAUUUGUGAUGAAUCAGUCAUCCGUGGGCUGCAAUAUUGAACAUGUGAUGUGGGCAGGGGUUGGCAAUCCCUGAUUUAGUCAGUCAGCUGUUGUGGUCUGUUUCACAACAGCUUACUUGGGUGGUGGUCAGCCAGAAAAGAGUUCAACCUUACAUUCUCUUCUUGCUAGUUUCACAGUUUAAUGUCCUGUAUUCUCUUCUUGCUGAGUUCACAGCUUACUGACAAUAUAAAUUAAAAGCUAGCCCAUGCAUUAUUUAAAAAUUUCUAUUUUGCUUUUUUCCAGAUCACCAGUACCCAGAUAAUUCUGUAGCAUCCCCAGUCAGCCAUGGCUUCUACCAAGACUGCCCCCACUGCACUGUUGGCUGAGAUCAACAAAGGUGACACUAGCAACCUUCAUCAUGUUGAUCCCAAGGAGAAGAACCCACUCCCAUCGGCUGAAGGUUGGUGUGCUUUACUCAGUCAACAGUCACAUGUCAUCCUAUGUAACACUGACUAAUAAUUUAGAGACAUUGAUGAUCAAGACAUCAGGGACAUGUCAUGUAUUUAUAAUACUGGCUAAUAAUUGGGAGAUAUAAUGAGCAAGACUAAUGGGUGUUUUCAUUAUUUCUAACUUGUCUGUCAACAUUGAUUGCAUCUAUAAGUAUUGAGUUCAUUUAUUUAACCAGUGCCUGUGACAGCUUAGUAUAUGCAUACUCACUGACCAUUACCAACAACAUGUAUACAUUGCUCUUAAAAAUCUUUGGUCUCUUUAAGAAAACUUAUUGGUAUUAUGUACCAUAAAUGGAUGCUUUGCGUAAUAAAAUAAUAGGAUAUAUUUUUUAAAUGGCUUGGUAAACUUCUUCAGAGCCAUGUUUUCAAUUGUUUAAAAUAUGUUGUCCAUUCAAACAUAGGACACUUAUGCAGUUGUUCAUAAACAAUUCUUUCUUUCUGUUGGUUUGUUUCUCUGACCACAUAGCAAGAAGGUCAGAGGUUAUUUGUUCUAAUUUUUACUAUUGGCUUUUAAAAACAUUAAAUUGGAAGCUUACAUUGGAUCAUUUGUUUAACUACCCUAUAUUAAAAUUUUAAAAUAUGCUUCAAGUUUUACCUUUGCAAUGGUCAUCAUGGUUCUUAUAUUUUCAAAUUAUACCUUUGCAAUGGUCAUCAUUGUUCUAGAAUAUUUCUUUCAAUCUUAUUGUUAUAAAGUCUUAAAAAAAUUAUUUUGGUGAUCCCUAUGUCCCUGUGUCUGCCUAGUUUUGUAUGUCCUUUUUUUUUUCCUCUGCAAAUCUUUUGGGUAAUAGUGCAUGACAUGGGAUUUUUGUACCAUUUGUUUCCCUUGAAUGCCUUUGGAUGAUCCACCCUUUGUAGAUGUCCAGCAAGAGCGUCUUCACCAGAAUUUACUGAAUGGGGUUAACCAGUUUGAUCCAGCAAGCCUCAAUAAGGCCCGAACCAAAGAGAGGGUCAUUCUCCCCGACUCCGGCAGUGAGUGGCCAGAAAUGGACCACAUUUGGUCUACUUUUUUUCUAUUUUGGUCAACUCACUAGUCAAACAUUAUAUGUGAAUUUUAAUGUUGGAAAAAAUAUACAUAAUAAGUUGGAAAUGCUAUUAAAAAUCCAUAAGAUUGUAAAGUUUUUCCACUUUGGGGGUUUUGUUCACCAAAUCAAGAUUUUAGAAUAGUAAUUUGCACUUUUUCUGAUUUUCUAAACAGUGACAGUAAAAAUAUACUAUUUAUUUAUCUAAUUGCUAUGAAAUGUGUUAUAAAAUGAUAGCAAAUGUGUGUGGGCUUUAAAUGAACUACAUAUACUUUGUAUAAGAUCUGUACCAUUGGGCUCAGAUCUGCAAAAACAGUUGUGAAAUAAAAUGUUCUGGUAACUAACAGCAAUAUAUUUGAAUAGAAUAUUAAUGAAGAAGUGAUGAUAUCCUAGAAAUAAAUAUUACUUUCAAAGUCCAAAUAGGAUUACAUUUGUGGUCUGCAAAUCUUAGUCAAGAUAUUUUAUUUAAAUUUUGUGUACAUUAGUAACCAGUGAGUUGACCAUACUGUAACUCUAACCUUUUUGUUCUACCCCAUGUAACACUAAAAUGGUGUCAGGCAAACCCUGAGCUUCCUGUACUCAAUUCUUGCACUCUGACAUCUCAAGUUUUGAUAAUGUCCAGGCGGUGGCACUACCUGGUUAUUACUAACUUGCAUGCCCACUUGAGCUCACCUCUUUAUUUGGUCUCUAAAAGUUCCACAUGGACGGAUCAUGGGAGUUUUGCUUCUUUGUGCUCCCUAAAAAACUGAACUAAUGAACUAAAUAAAAGCCAUACUAGUUUUAGAUAGGUCCUGGGCAAGGGAAAAGUGUGUCCUUAAAAAUAAGAAAGGAAUCUGCAAGUUUUAAAUUUGACAGAUACAAGUUUUUAAGGAAAAAUUCCCUAGUUCUGUAAGUAAUUUAGAAUAAUUUUUCAAAGAAACAAAUGCAACAUAAUUAUAGUCUAGGCUAAGUUUGCAGAAAAUAUUUGUUGGGACCUACAACAUAUGACAGUAAUUCAAAUCACUAGAAUGAUAACAAGAAUUUGCAUUAACUGACUGACCAGUCCUGGUACUAAAAUGUCAGAUCAAGGGAAAUUAUUAUCCCCAUUUAAAGAAAUUUAGAAUAAAGACUCUCUGGGGAAAACUCCAUUUGAUUUAUUCAAGCAUGUCUUUCUUUCAUUGAUUUGAUAGCUAGAAGCUCUCUUGGUCAUAACAAGAACUAGGCAUAAAAGGAAGAGGAAUUCUAGUGUGUGACAGGAUUUGAAUCUUUGUCCUUUAUUCUUAAGCAGCUCCUAGACAUUGCAAGUACACGGAUUUAACACUUCAAACAAAGUUGGACUUACAAAUGUAAACCGAGACAAAAUUAUAAAAUCCAUGUUUUAUUAUCUUGAAUGAAAAAAUAUUUUAUUAUAAUACUUUACUAUAAUUUCUUAAUAAUUUAAAAUCUUUUUUGUCUUCACCUGCCCUGCAUUAACUGUUGCCCCAUUUUACUGGCCUUUAAUACAAAGUAAGAAAGAAAGAGAAAAAAAAACUCAUAUAUAUAAUUACACAGACUUAAGCUAUUGUUAUCAUUUAUCACUUCCUCAGACACGUUAUGAUGAAAUUCUGUUAGAGAUUAAUUUAAAAUAAUGUGAAUGACUUUGGUUUACCACUAUUGGUUUGUUGCACUGUCUUUUGUAAGUAGAAAAGACAUGUCCCGUAAAAAAAAUGUUAGAACAUUUUUUUUGGUCACAGUAGUUUGUCAGUAUGAGUAAACAGAAUAAGUGCUUCCCAGCCAGUUGAAGAAAUAUCACUGACUAUUCAAUUGAUGUUAUUGUAUAAACCAUACAUUUUUUCACACUCAUUCAGUGUGCAGCAUUAAACUUUUUUUCCUGGGAUGCAUGGGUUUAAAGCAUUUAACUAGUGUUUAAUAUAAAGGGUGACAUCAAAACUCAUUUCAUUUAGUGAGCUUGCUGUUGUGGAUUUAAAUAAUAAAAGUUCCCUGCCUUGUUCUCUUGCAAAGGACAAAAACAUGAUCCAAUGUAGAAAUACUAAUGCUAUCCCAAAUGUAUAUAUUUCAUCAUGUUCAUUUUCUGUCCUCUGCCAUUAGUUUUAAGUAGGGCACUACUCAAAUCAUACCCAAUAUUAACCACUUAAAUAUCACCACCUUACCUUCCUAAUUUAUAGUAGUACUAUUAUUUGUAUUUUGAACAAUAAUAUGGCACCACUCCACACCUCUAUUAUUGUUUGUAUUAUUAUUAUCAUUGUUAUAACAAGAGUCCCCAAACAGAUAUUUUAAUUGCAAUAUCAAAAUAUUCAUGUGGUGAUCAUUUUCCAAUAUCAUUUCCAUGAUAGACUAGUUAAGCUCCUUGUGCCCAAUGCAUACUGUUGGGGACCACUGAUAAAUAGAACCCUACAUUCUUAUUGUUUCUUAAUGUUUUGUAUAACAUUGCUAUCAUCUUAACUCUCUUAGUAUCUAUAUCUUUAAAACAACUAUUUAAAUUGCUAAACAAUAACAGUUCUUAUGGCCAUUUGAAGUUAUGAGCAAAGAUUUUUUUUAUAAAAGGAUUACCAUAAAAAUCAUUUCAUACUGUGUUAGAAUAUUCCUUUACUUUGAGCAAAUAGACAUCAAAAGUAGACAUGGCUUUAGCAUAAUUCUUCAUUACCAAUCCUUCACCUCUAGUGGAAGUUAGUUAAGGAACACAGUUUUCUAUAUUUUAGAGUUUAUACAGAAUAAUUAUGAUUAAGCUUUAACAAAACAUCAUUCCUUCAAGGGAAUCAACUCCUCAGUCUUCCUCCAAGUUAUGGUCCUAUGAGUCAGGGUCAGAUUAUCAACAUGUACCUUGUGUCCAAGGAUUCUGUUUGACUCAAUACAAAAGCUCUAGAUACACCUGACCAAUUCAAGCUCAAGUUUAUUACAACUUUAUUAAAGUUAAUGGAGACAAAGUUAACCUAAUUUAACAAUGCUUGACUAUCUUAGACAUUUUUAUGUUGUCUAAGCUUAAACAUGCAUAUAAAACUAAAACUUAGUAAUGUGUCUAAACUUUAGAGUAACUCCUGCAUUAUGCAUGUUACAGGUUAAGCCUUCUUCAAUUGGCUGUAAGUCUGUUACAGGCUUAGCCAUUGUGUUAUUUCAUUCAUACUGAGGUCUAACCUUUAUCAUAUUUUUAUGUAUUCACUCAUUUUUCUAUGAUUGCUACUGCAAUUUCAUUCAAUUCAUUAUUCCUACUAAAACCAUCAUUCUUCUUUAUUUGUUUUUGUUAAUAAGUUAGGAGUUGUGUAAUUAUUUAUGACAUUUGAAACAUUGCAUGAAGUGUUUUUUUAAACACAGUAACUAUUUUAAAUUUUUGUUUUGUUUUUAUAAAUUUAUUCAUUGUUUUAAAGCUUCGAAGAAGAGAGAAAAAAAAGUCAUUUUUAAAAAAAGAGACCUUUUGUACUGUCUCAAAUAUUUGUCGGCAUAGUUAAGAUUUAUUAAUAUUGGCCAUGGUGUAGCUAUAAAGUUAAGGCCCCUGGGUGACUUUAUUGCUAAAAUUACAAAUUUUUAAAAAUAGAAUUGUGUGAAUUAUUUUUUAAAAAAUCUCUUACUGGUUCUUUCAAAAUGUUAACCUUUAUUUUUAUUAAAAAAUAUAAAAUAAUAAACAGAUUCUAUUAAAAAGUAUAAAAUAAUAAACAUAUUCUAAAUGCAUCAGCUUAAAUAAAACCAAAGCCAAAAAUAGUAGAAGACCAAGUGAUAAAGUUUUAGUUAUCUGAAACUAUUGAUGUUAUUUAUUAAGUAUUUAAUUCUAAGAUAGGGCCCCUUAAUGCCUUGCUACUUUGAUGUUUGUUAAGGUAUCGAUCAUAUGAGAUGGUGAAACUGCUUCCGUAAAUUAUUGUAGAGACAUGCAUGCUUACUACAUCUGAUGAUUGUUAAUGCUUGUCUGUGCCUUCACUUGCUUGUAGUUAUAGCAGAAGAAAAGCAGCACCAGGAGCACAUAGCAAAUAUCAGCCAAUUUAAGAGGACCAGCCUGAAGAGGGCAGAAUCAUUGGAGAAGGGUUGUCUCCCCUCACAAGAUGGUAGGUCUGCCGGUGGAUGUGGCAUCUGACCGUUGCCACUUGUACCAGUGUGAUACAGCGGCACUGCAUGACAACACACUGCACUGUAGCCAUACCUAUUAACUGCCGAAUUAUGUUUGAUAUGCAACAGUUUUUUAAGUAAUAAUAUUUUUGUAACCACACCAUGUAAAUCCUUAUAUACAGUGUAACUGCCUAAACCUGAUGAUGAACAUAUGAUAGCAUUAGCAAAUUGUUUUUUGGAAUGUGGCUUAAGUUUGAUACAGCAAAACUAUUGAGGGGCUUGUACAUGCAUUAGUUUGACCACUGGCAUGCAUUUACAUGUAUUAGUUUGACCAAUGGUGUGCAUGUUUAUGAAUAAUUCUGGAUAAUGAGGUACAUGCACAGACAGAUUAUGUGCUUAAGGUCAUCCUUCAAUCCACUCAUUUUUUUGGUAUUGAUUAAAUUUGUGCACACAUUCAAUUUUGAAUUGCCAUAGUUACUCUCAUUAUCUCAUUAGUUUCUUCAGUCAUGUUUUAGGUUUAUUGAGCUGAGAGGUUCUCAGUUAAGUUAUCCAGUAUUAUAUCUAAUGCAUUUGGCUGAAUGUUAAGGCCAUGACAAGUUUACCUACAACGUCUAUCAUAAAGUGUCUGCCAUAUUUAAGCCAGUACAGUAAAAAUAUGCAUGCAUAAGCGAUUUUAAAGCUUUCCAAUACAAAUCCAACUUGAUGUGCACUUGAAAGACCUCUCUGAAAAUGCCCUAAGCCCACACCCUUGCACAGCUAUUGAUGGCCUCUCUCAAUAUGGACAUUUUUUUUUCUUUUCUUUUAUCAAAAUGUUCGGUACUCAGUAGGGGUGUGCCGGAUCCGUUUUUUCCAACCGGAUCCGGAUCCAGAUUUUCUUAUGCGAAAUCCGCCGGAUCCGGAUUCCGGUUUCUCCCGGAUUCCGGAUUUUGGUACUAUUGGUAGAUACUUCGGUAAGUCAAGGUGGACUACUACUUUUUGUGUAUGGGAAUUCGCAAUCGGCGCCAAAAAAUCCGAGUUUUUAAUUUUCCGAUGUGUGUGUCUAUUUAUUAUUAAAUUAGUACUUUCGAUAUAUAUUUGAGUUCCGUUCCAUUUGGAUAAGUGUCUUACGAGAGACGCCAUGUUUCUACGCGUUCGCAGCAGGUUAUGCAGCUCGCUCAACCUAAUUUCGCCAUGGGGUUGGCCACGCCCCCCUUUUUAAUGGCGGAAGUUGACGAUACUUAGGAAAUAUUAAUUUAUUAUCACUAUUUACAUCAAAAUAAUUGAUAACUUGUGUUUCAGAAUGCAUUUAAAGACAUUUAAACUGGAAUGUUUUAAUUUGAGCUUUAACAACCCGGUAGAAUCCAUAUUAUAAAUGAUCAGAAUUUACCGUGUGCAACACGUUGUCAUUGGCAACCAUUCACAGCCACUUGCAUAACUGUAUCGUAGUACUACCUCAGAGUUUCAUUCAUAAGAGUUUGCCGUGUGCAAAAACUAUUAAACCAUUGGUCAGGGAAAGCUUUAAUUAAUUAUUCAUGUGCCAAAGUUGAAAGUUUAAACUAAGUCUAAACAGUAUUUUAGUGAUAAGGCAGGGAAUGCGUUGCCUUAUAUAAACUAUAUAGUCAUUGCGCAUGACGGGAUUGGCGGAAUGAGAUCACAGAAUGUGGAGAUGCAGUCCAUGUUAAAAAAUGACAAACCAAGUCGUACUUUAAAAAUUCAUAACUUUAAAACUACAACAGCUAAAAAUAUGAUUUUGGUGUUAUAAUUCUUUAAAAAAUUACAUCUUUUCAACUAUGCCAUUGGUUUAUUUUUACAAAAAGUUUAAAUUUUCUUAUCAAAGUCCCUACACUAUUGGCAACUAUUAGCGGUGCUGACUCUAGCCUCUGGUAUGUACGGAAUAUUAAACAUUAAACAAGCUCAACGCUCGAAACAAUCGAUUAAUGUAUCGUGAUCGUGUGGAAUUUGGGAAAGAGAAUUACUUUUAUUUCAGAUUAUGAUCCGGUGAGUCACAAAAUCUGGCAAAUUCCGAAAUCCGGUAUAUUCCGGAUUCCGGAAUCCGGUUGUUUCGGAUACAUGUAAAUCCGGCGGAACCGGAUUUCACCGGAUAGUGCAAAAUCCGGCGGAACCGGAUUCCGGACCGGGGUCCGGCACACCCCUAGUACUCAGUACCUGAGUUAGUUUAUCUUACACUGUCUCAAAAUUUUAUUAGAUUUACACAAACAGCUGGUAACUGACAUCAUGUCAGUAGUUACUAACUAGUUUAGUAAAGCUAAGAUCUAAGUAUUUACGCUGACCAUAUUUUAAACAAAUUUAAGGCCUUAAAAAGAUCAUGUAUUGCAAUAAGAAUGAAGUGUCAUGCAUGUAACAGCUGUGGUGUAAGUUGCCUUGAAACACAUCCUUCAUUUUUUAAUGGCUCAUAUCUUCCCAUUAAACCACCAUCCCUUGUUUAAUUAAAUACUUUUUAUAAAUUAAUAUUUAUAAUUAAAUGAGUUGGUCAAACUGUUUAACUUAUGUCAAUUCACGAGUCUCUGCCGAAGUCCCUGUUCUGUAUUCUGACUAGUAACAUGAGCAGCCAUUGUUCAUACUCUGUGCUCCAUCCAUGUACUGUGUGCCUGCUUGAAUUGAACCACUUGUUUAUUUCUGUUUCAGUCAUCAACCAGGAGAAAACUGAGGCUGAGCUGAGAGAGAGAAUAGGAACAUUCAACAAGGACAAACUGAAGCCCACCACCACAGAGGAGAAGACUGUCCUUCCCAGCCCUGAUGGUAGGAAUUGGUAGAACUAUUGUUGUUAUUUAUUUAUUUUAAAGGGGAUUGGGGCUUGGCGUAAUAGUUUGUGUUUGGUUUUUCUGUUAUGAUGACAGGUUGUUCUUUGUACCAUGUAAGUAUAGGACAUAGAGUUGUAUUGCAUGUUAGUAAGUAUUCUUAUGGGCAACCCAUUAGUAAAUGAGCUGUUGGAAAUCAUUGUAUUCAGUAACUCAGGUCAUGGAGUUGAGUGGUGUGUUGGUAGACCAUUAACUUUUGUAAAAAUAUAAUCCAAUAAUAAUCAGUUUUGUUCAUGUUCAAUGAAUUUGUCUUUGCUGUGCUCAAGUUGAUAUCGUGACAUGAAAUACAACCCCCCACCUGAAUUAAACAUCUCAAGUUGUCCUCACACACAGAUAAGCCUUCAUGACAAGUGUACUUCUGUCCUUCUUGUAAUCAUUUUGGUUAAAUCAGUGCCCAACAUCUAAAAAUCCUCUGGGAAUAUUCAGUUAACCCUCUUAAGCUUUUGCUCAAUCCUACAUUUUAAAGAUCCGCCGUGUACGAGAAAAUUUAUUUUUUAAAAUUUAAUUAUUAUUGAUGUAUUAACAUGAUUAAAACAAAAUUCUACUAAUGGAAGCUGAACAUAAUUCUCUUUAUUGAGAGAUCUUCUGAGAAUUGAAUGGACUCAUCAUUUCUCCACAAUAAAUUUAUCAGUUAUUAAUUCACAUUUAUCUAUUAUACAAUGAGAUCAUAAUUAGAUCUUAGCGUGGCUGGUUAAGACGCAUCAUUUGUGCUUGUAAUUUGUCACCAUAAUCAUCAAUGCUGAGUAAACUGUCCGCUGAAGCCACUUCCAUAGGAAUUUCGUAGAGGCCUGAUGCUUGGUGUACUUUUCAUGAGUUAAUUUUAUGACACUAAACAUUACCUACUUAAACUUAUCAGAGAUACGACAUGAAAAAGUAGAAAUGGAAAUAAGGGAGAGAAUUGGAUCCUUCCAUAAAGAGGAUUUGAACCACAUUCAAACACAGGAGAAGGUGGUGUUGCCUUCUGGAGAUGGUAAUUUGAUUCAGAUAAAUGUUAUUUGUAUUAUCACAAUAUUCCAUUUUUAUUAAUGUUGUGAAUUAGUCAAUUUUUUUUAGUCUUUGAGCUAGUUUGAAUUUUUAUAGUUUAUUUGAAUUUGUAUAGUUUAUGGGGUUUUAACUUUCUUGAAAACAAAACUCUUAGAAAAUUUCCAAGUAUAUUUCGCAAAAAAAAUUUAAUAAAACAAUUUUUUAUCUAGGUUGGUGUAUAGAUUUAAAAAACAACUCCAUUAUAUAUUUUUAAUCUGUCUAUAUUUAUCUAAUGUUUUAGCUUAACAUUAACAAUAUAUCAACAUUAUAGCAAUCUUAGUGUGUUUGUGUUAAAUGACCCAAUAGUCGAGUAACACCCAAUUACUUUACCAUUAGUAGCAAGGUUAGUCAUCACAUACAUAUUAAUGAAAUUAUUUGGAAAAAAUGUAAGAGAGAGUGACACUUGUUUUUAAAUUUUCCAACUGACACUUUGUUAGCACUAGUGAAUAUAUAUAUUGAAAAUAAUUAUGAAUGGUUAAAAAAGACUUAAAUAUUAAAUAAGAAAUCAAAAAAGUUUUAAAGAAAUCCUAUACACUGUAGAUACACUUUGCUGUAGCCAGUGCUUACAGAUAUUAUAAUGUACACUAGUGAUUUAUUAUCAAUUAUCCAAGAGCUAUCAAUUUAUUUCUUUGUCCUUUACAAACCUGCUUAACUUUCCUGCUGUUAGAGCAAUAAUAAUGAUGGGUUGUAACUUUUCCGUUUCCACAAAAUUGUUGUUUCAAUGUAAAAUAGCACUUGCUUCACAAUUCAUUGAUAUUUGAUUUACUUUUAGAGUUUGAGAGUGGAAAUGGGUUGAAAAACUGACAUAAUCCAAGGAUAGCACCUGUUAAAAUUUAGCAUGACUUAUUCCAUGUUUUAAAAAUAUGUCUUCUUGAAAAUAACACUCGAUGAAAUUUUGAGUUAUGUCCAAACUCCUGUCAAGAAAUGUUUCCAUACUUUACAUAGGUAAACUGAAUUUGAUUAAUGUCAAUAAUUUUAUUGUCACAUAAUGUAAGUUAAACAUUUUGAUAAAGUAAAGAUAUCCUUUGUCAUAAAUAUGAUAGAUGACCUCACAUUGAAUUAAUUCAGUAUUCUAGAUUUUAUAUUGAUUGAUUGAAUACUUUUAUAGCGCUUGUGACCAUGCUGUUUUAGCAUGAUCACAGCGCUCUUGGCUCUAAUGUCCUAAAAUCUAUUUAAAGAUAAAAAUCUUAAAAUUUUUCUUAAAUGACUUUCUAUAAUUUUCGAUUUCCCUCAAAGAUUGAGGCAAACUGUUCCAUAAUUUAGAAGCAAUAUAUGUUUACCCAAAUUGUGGCUAGUAAUGCUUCCUAAUUUGAGAAAUUUUAUUUACUUUAUAUUGCUUGAACGCAGUCCCUCAAAUAUUAAACUUAAAAUGCAUCAGAAAGUAGACUUACAGGUUGUUGGCACAUUGAUAAAUAGUUUGAUAUCCUACUUAGGCAAUAUAUUACCAAAAGUUUGCUGACUCCUGGUCUAGGUUAUCCUGUUUACUUGUACCCAGUCAAACCUAGUGGUCAUCCCACCUUUAAAUAGUCUUGGUGUUUUCACAGAAACAGCAUUUUAAAAGGGAUUAGAAAAUGUACGUCUCUUUUAAAAUAUGAAUACUCAUUGGUGCAAAAAAAAAUUAAUUUAAAAAAAAAUUGUUAGGAUCAGUUUAAGAUCUUUGUUCCAACAAAGCUCCCAUUUUUCUCAUUAAUUUGAUGAAAAAGCAUCAGUAAAAAUAAAUUAAAUCAAUCAUUUUCUUUCUUCCCUCUUAAUUGUGAUGUUACCCAUAAUAUUAUGGUUAGUAUUAAUACUUCCUAAUUUAAGAUAUUGAAACUGUUUUUCAACAUGUUCAUUAGUUAAGGUAUAAAUUGACUACACCAACACUGUCAUUGUUUUAGACCUUCCCUGUAAUAAUAAUUAGAAGACUGUUAUUAAAAUAAUUAAAACUGCCAUUAGAUAUUUUAUGUCAGCCAUUUUAUGCCAGAUCUUCAUCAUGAAAGAGUGGAACAAGAACUAAGGGAGAGAAUAGGAUCUUUCCAUGUGGAUGAUCUCCACCAUACAGAAACAGAGGUUAAGAUUGUCCUCCCAACUGAAGAUGGUACAAACAAUAAACAUCCCAAAACUAUUCCCCCCCCCCCACUUUCUCGUAUCUUCUCCUGCUGAAAUGAUGAAGUUUUAUGUUGGUUAAAAGCUUUGGUGGAUCCCCUUCUUCCUUAUUUAAAAAAAAAUGUAAAUAACAUUCAAGUUAACAGCUUCUCCCUUAGUGAACAUGAGUAAAGUAAACUGGCUUUGAUACAGUAUAUGUUAAUAACAAGACAUAAUGUGUGAGGCUAUGAAAUGAUGGGCCUGAGUCUUUUAUUUUGAUUAUGAUUUCAGAUUUCAGACUCAGAAAUAUGGCAAUUUACAAUGGAUCCCAUGAUUGGUUCAAAGCAUGAUUGGGUUAUAUCAAUGAUGUAUGAAGAUAGUGACAUAUCUUUCACAUGUUUAUUUUAAUGAUAUAUCCAAACAUUAGUAACAAAAAUAAUAAACCUUUUUUUUUAAAAACUAGAAAUUACUGUGCCCGUUACAGUUAUAUUUUAAAUCUAAAAAGUGUGUCAACAACAUGAAAGUUUUGGAAACUCUGAGGCAGAAUGAUCCCAUCAAUACUUUCACAGUUGCCUGUACAUUUUAUCAUCUCUAGUGUUUAAUCUUGUGACAACAGAAUUAGAUGGUUAUUUUUUAUAUCCUUUUCUUUUUCCCGGGGGGGGGGGGGUUAUGUAAUCCUUUUUGUUAUAAAUUAUGCUUUAUCAUUAGAAUCUUAUCCAGUGGUGUUGUUUUUUUUUUUUUUCUUUUUUUUUUCCCGGGGGGGGGGGGUGUUAUGUAAUCCUUUUUGUUAUAAAUUAUGCUUUAUCAUUAGAAUCUUAUCCAGUGGUGUUGUCUUUUUUAACCAUGGCUUAAUAUAGAUUAAAUUUUUGACAGGUUUCAAAUCCUUCUCAAAAUAUUGAUAUUUCAUCCUAUAGCCUUAUAAUAGAGAGCUGUUAAAUCUGUUCACAUAGUUGAAAUCAAUUACCUGGUAUUGCUUUUUCAUAAUGUAUUAUUGUGUAAUAAUAGGACAUUCUUUACAUUUAUUACAUGAUACAUUUAAGUGCUCACUCAUUAUUUAACUAUUUAGUGUAAAGGCAGCUUUAAAUGUGUUUCUAUUUAAAUGCAAAGCUGUUAGUUGAAGUACAAUGUCGGACAGUGUUAAAGUUUCUACUCUUAAAAAAAUAAGUGUUUGUGCUUCAUGUCGUCCAUUAUCUAAACCCCACCCUUCUCUCUGCCUUCAAAUCUAAAUGUGUACGGUAUGCCAUAUAAAACUGUAACUGAUAUAAAUCAGUUUUAAAAUUUAAAAAAUUAACAGCUAACACUAGCAAUAAUUUUUGUGUGACCUUUAAUCUCAGAGUUUUUAAUUUAAGUAAUUAAAUUACAAUCUUAAAUUAUUUAUUCACCUUAAAACUAAGACAACUCAAUCAUUAAAUGAAAAAUUAACCAGCCUCAUUUACAAGGGAGUGAAUGAUCUCCUUUGAAAACUUGAUGACUUGCAAUUUAAAAAAAAAAUAUUAUAAGUUUUUAAAAUAAUAUUGUUUUUUUUUGUUGUAAAUUUACAUUUUUGUGAUAAAUAGUAUGUUACCAGUAUACUAAAAGCUGAGCAUUUUCAAAAGACAUACCAAUGAAAACAACAUUUACCAUGUCAUUCAAUUGAAAAGAAAUUAAAUUCCAGAUAUGAAUUAUGGUUUUUAAUGCUUAUCUUUAUUACUGGAUUUAAACCAGAUAUUCACCAUGAGAAAGUAGAACAGGAGCUCAGGGAGAGAAUUGGCUCAUUUCAUUUGGAAGAUCUUAACCACACAGAAACUGAGGUCAAAGUUGUCCUCCCUACUGAAGAUGGUACAUUGCCACUGGUCACCCAUCAUAUGCUAUACUUCUUUCAGCUUGUUCCUUACCCGGAAUCAUGAAUUCAAUACAACUUUGUGUUCCUUGAUUUAUUUGAUCUAACAGUUAUGUUACGCACCUCAAAACUCAACUAAUCAAUCACAUCUAGUCUUUUAGUGUAACCCAGUUUUAUCAAUCUUAAUAAAUAAACAAAUUAAGAAUUGCUUGUCAUUUUGAAAUGAAGCAGACCAUUUUUUAUCUUUCAGAAUGACUUUUAAAGAAAUGUUCAAUAUUUUAUACAAUUUUUAUUGUUUUUAAAGAACACAAAUUUAACAAUUCUCUCACUCCCUACGUUUCUGCCCAUGAGCAUUUUCAAUCCCAUUUUUUCCCUUUGUUUGCUUUUCAUCCCAAACCUUUUCCUGUUUAAAAUAUUUUGAAACAAAUUAUAAAAAUAUUUGAAUUAACAACCAAAGCAAAACACAUAUGCUGUGGUCAAUUCUCACAUUAACAUUACCUUGCAGCAGGAUAUUCUGUAAUUUUAUGUUUUGAUUUCUCAUAGAGGAAAAAGUUAACAGUAUAUUUGUCAUUUUGAGAAAAGGUCCUCCAGCAAUUGAAUUUUAGAACUAUUAUAUUUAAAGCCAUUCAUAUACACUAAUUAAAUGGACAUUUAUUUGAAAAGAGUAACUCUUAAAGGCAACUCAAAAAUAAAAAUAUAUCUGGCAGUAGUAAGUCAACAUCUUGAAUAAUCAUUAUUCAAUUAAUGUACAAAUGUAUAAUUUCAAGUUUCUUUGUGCUUGAAAACUGCAUACUGCCCAUUAUUUUACUACCAUCCUGACCUUUUGAUUGUCUUGAUCUUUAAAAAAUUAUUUCUUAUUUGAUGAGUUCUUUUUAUUUUAAUUUUGGUUUGGGGGGAGCAUUUGCUAUUACUGGGAAGAAUUCAUCAGUUCUUGCUUUAAAAUAUAAAUGUUUUUAAAAAGUUGAGACAUUAAAGUGUCAGUUUCAACAACAAAUUAGUCAUAUCAUUUAACCAAUGCAUUUAAUUGGUAUGAGGAAAUUUGUUUAAAAGAAAUUUGGUGGAAGGAAAAUUAAUUGAUGGAAGUGAAAUAGCUUUUGUUGUUAGAAAUCAGUGUUGCCCACAUAACAAAUUCAAACGAGAUUAUCCGACAUAAUGGUAGCAGAACUUACAGAAAGUAUGCAUAUUUUUAAGGUGUUGUAUUUCUAUUUUUACUUAAUUCCCUGAAUUUUUAAUAACGAGCCUACUGUACAAUGUUUUUAUUUUUAAAUUCAAACAAACUUUCAUAGAACAAAAUUCAUUUCGAACAAUUUUCCCAGUUUCUCAAUCACAUUUCUUUGCCCAAAUAUAUAAAAAAUCUUGGCCUUAAAAACAUGUUUUGCACCUGUAAGCCAAACAAAAAAAAUCAGUUAUAACAAACCUUUGUGGGAUCAAAUUUUCCUUCGACCAAACUUCCACCUGAGUUCCACCUACCCAUUUUUAAAAACAAAUGUACUGUUAAUCUAUUCAAUAAGAAAGUUAUCUAAAUGAACUGAUAAGCAUUUACUGUAAAUAAUGAUAAGAUAGAAAUAAUAUUGUCUUGUUUAUUGGAUUCUCACAUAGUAGCAGAGCUAACAUUAGACAUAUCUAGAAGUUGACAUCAACAAAUAACUUGGCCGUAAAUACAAAUGUAAAUAAACUUUAUCAUGUAACAGCUGUUUUUGAAUAAUCUUAUAUUUAAUUGAUGUGUUUUCCUUAUUCUAAUUUUCGCCUUGUAUCUGCUCCACGUGAAAAGGGAUAAAGAAAAAUAAAGCUGAAUUCAAUCUAUGAUCUUUAUUAAACUUUUAAUUGGAAAAAAAAUAUCUCUUACUAUUAAUUACAUGUAAUCAGCUUAUUUUUUUUUAAAAAUUAAAAAAUUCAGUCUUGGUAACAAUAACAUUUGUUUUAUUUACAUUGGCAUUACUUUUAUUUUACAGAAACUUUUAGAUCUGUAUUUUAAAAAAGCUAAAUAUUGUGCACUGUAACAUAAAAAUUAAACUUUUUUUGUCUUUUAUAAUAUUUAUAAAACAUUUUAAUAAUUGUCUAUGAAAUUUGGGGAAUUAAUUUAAAACUCUUCUUUUUUUCUUUACCUUAGUAAGGCAUCUUACAUUUAUUUUAGUUCAAACUGCAUUGUAGCUACCAAGCAUUGAUAUGCCCUACAUUUAAAAAAAAAAAUAUAUUGAUUUAGUAUUUAUGAAACAGAUUCUUAUUAAAUGGCUUAACUUACAUCAGUAUAAAAGCUCUAUUCUAAAAAAAAUACCUUAAUACCUUGAAAUUAAAAUUACAAUUAAAACUACUGUUCUUAUAAUCUAAAGUAAAAAAAAAAAUGUAAUGGAGAAAAAACCUCUGACUGCACAGAAAAAAUCAGUUGUCCCUACAUUGAUGAUGAAAUAUUGGUGAGACAUAUUUAUAAUAGUUUUGUUUGUCCACUGUCCCCAGUGAUUGAACAAGAGAAGCAGGAACAGGAACUGAAAAACUCCAUCAGCUCCUUCAAGAGGGCCAGCCUCAAGCACACAGAAACACAAGAGAAAAAUCCCCUUCCUCCCACUGAAGGUACACCUGAUCAAACAUUGAUUAUGUCUUUGUUUCCUACAUGGAUUUCUACUGGCUCAUAGUUUUAUGGAAGAUAUAUUUUAAAAAAAAAAUAGUUUUGGAUAAUUGGCACGUAAAAUCUUGUCUUUGUUUAAAAAUGUAUGUGUGGCUUAUUUAUUUCUGGAGCGUAUAAUAUACAUUUAUUUAGCUUAGCAUACUAUAUUUAUCAGAGUGUCUGUAUUCUACAUGUAUCAGAUAGUGCUUGUAUGUGCCUUAUGUGCUCAGGAAAUAAGCUAAUCAGCUUUUUUUUUCAGCCAUUCAGCUGGAGAAACAAGAAACUGAGUUCCGCAACUCUAUUGAAGGCUUUGAGAAGAACCAGCUGAAACAUGCCAAAACAGCUGAGAAGAACCCUCUGCCAACCAAAGAAGGUACUGCCUCACAAGUUCCUUUGUUGAAGCUGCAAAAAAAAAAAAAAAAAAAAACAUUUUUAAAUUAUAUGUACUUAGCAGAAUGUGUUUUGCAUGCAAGGGAUUAAGGCAAAAGUUUUGAAUAUUGCACCUUCAAAGUUCCAGUGAUGACACUGAAAUCUAAGUAAAAUAAAGAACUGAUUGCCUUAUUUUCAAGUGAUCCACAAACUUUUAGCCUGAUAUGUAUGACUAACAAAAUUGAAUCAGUUUAUAAAAAACAUUUUGAGUUGAUAACAUUUCUAGCUUCAUUAAAAGCAAUUGAUUUGAGCAUAAUAAAACUAGUUAUAAAGAGUGUUGCAUUAAAUUAUUUGUAUGAUUUUCAGAAUUACUUCAAGAAAAAAAGGGCAGCAAGUAAAGGACCCCAGUGUGACAUCUGUGAGCUACAACACAAAACUGUUCAGUGCUGCAGGAUGUCUACUCUCUACUGCUCUAUCAGAUGAUGUGUCAACUUGGGGCAUCUUAUGAUCAGACAACUUCAGAGCCCGUCUCAUAAUUAUGAGGAUUUCACUUUAUAUAGGAUUACUUUCUUCCAAUGCAACAUUGACUAACAUAAUUAGAAAAUCAAUAAAAAUAUUAGUUCAGUUGUUAGUUGCUAGAUAAACAAAGGGAUAGAGAAAAAACAAUUUUUUUGAAAAAAAAAAAUUAAUAAAUUCAGAUCUACUGGUCAUAUUUGUGCCCCAAUGAGUUAUGAAAUCAUUAUUUGGCUGCAGCUAAGAGAGCAAACUUGCCAUGAGAACCCACAUUGUUUUGUUGCUUCCUCCAGUUAUUUCUCACAUUUAAAUACCAAGUCACUAAAAUGGAAUAUCCAGCAAAGUAGUGGUAAUGCAACAAAAAUUUCUCAGCUCUCACUCUUGCGGAAGGGGAAUGAAACAAAGGGUUCUCACAGCUUGUUUCUUGAGGCUCCUGCAAAUCAAGUUGUUUAUUUGAUACAAGCUUGUAAAUAAGUGCCUACCAUUCACAUAUUCCUGACUUAACCAUUGGAAUUAUUAUCUCAUUUUUGCUCCCCAUCAUUUCUAAUACUGUACUUCUUCACUUGGUAAGUUGAGCCAAAGGAAUAAAUAUCUAACAAUUUUUCCAAGAAUAUCGUCAACACAGAUCAAAACCCUAGAAACCUGAAAAAGCUUUCCCAUUAAAAAAAAAAGAAGAAGAUAAUCAAAUUUAUCAAACCAUAUUCACUCAGCUUAAUGACUUGAUGUCAAAAUUGCUUUCAAACUAACACCACAUUUCCCUCAAACUAACACCACAUUUCCCUCAAACUAACACCACAUUGCCCUGUAGGUUCCAAAGAUCAUUUGCCCGAUUUGGUCUGCUUGUUGCCUGCAAUGAUGCACAACAUCUUGGAAGUGUGUAAUCUACCAGGAGCCUAACCUACCACAACUAAGAUGUUAAUGUUUAAGAUUUAUUUUUAAAAAAAAAUAAAUUAACUUUUCACCCAAAAAAGUUAAGGAUUUAUUGUGAACCAUUAGGUCGGCUUGUGUGUAGAUUAGGCUUGCAAUGGGUGGAUGUGGUUAAUUAGCGGAUGUGGUAAAAUAUUUAGAUUCCAUUUUUAUGAUUUAUGAUAUGGCUGCUUAAUUUAAAAUUGAACUUUGACAUUUUAAAUGGAGACGAAGGGAACAUUUUGUAUUAUUUCAAUAUUGGUGCUACUGAUGAUAUUUUGUAACAAAUUAAAAAAAGAAAACUUUGUAAAAUAAGUUACCUUGUGUGAAUUAGUGAAGAGGUUGUUGUUACAGUAAUUAGCACAUGUCAACAAAGUUCAUUAUAAUUAUAUUGGUCUUACUCCUCAUUUCUUCUGUAUCUAUUCUGAGAUAUUUUUCCUCUAUGGGUUUUAUUAUCAUUAUUAUUAUGAAAUGAAAGUGUGUAAUCUAUAUAUUUUCUGCUUUUUUUUUUUCUCCAUGUUCCAAAGAGUUAAUGCACAUGCUUAAGGUAAUAGAAUACUACAAAAUAAUUGUUCUGUAGCAUUAUCAUAAUAAUGUACAUUGUCCUGGAUACAGAAAUGUAUUUUGCAGGGUAGUUCUUUUCAUUUUGUUCAUUCAAUUAAUGCUGAAAUAUUUUCUGUUGAAAAACUUGUUAACUACCAAAAUGUUAUGAAGCUGUACCCCAACUACAUCACCUGCUUACCUAAUGUACUCAAGGUUGGAUUCUGUUCAAAUCAAGCUUGAAAAAAAGAAAAACUAAUUGAGAAAUAUCUUGAACAUUCCUCUACAAUGAAAAUCUGCCACACCAACAGGAAAAUGAAAGGGCAUGAUUACCUGUGUUGUCAAUGAUAAUGUACAAACUUUGAUUUUCAUAUUAAAAAAUUUUUUCUGUAUCUUGAC